AUGAAGAAAGAUACGGUGACCCUGGGGAGAGUUGACUCUCAAUCUGGGGCGGAGCCAGUUACCGGCGACGAUUUACGACUUGCUCAACUCGGUCACGCGCAGGAGUUGAAGAGACAGUUCUCGCUUCCUGCCCUGGGCGCAUUAUGUGUGUGUCUGAUGGCAACAUGGGAGGCGCUGUCAACUGUUGUUGCGCCGGCUCUUGUGAGCGGCGGAGCACCUUGCCUGUUCUAUAACCUUGUGCUCUCAACUGUCUGCACAGUCUGUAUCGCCUCUUCUCUGGGGGAAAUUGCGUCAAUCUACCCUACAGCAGGAGGCCAGUACCACUGGGUUGCAGCUUUGUGCCCGCCCUCGACUCGAUCCGCGGCAGCAUUCACAACUGGCUGGAUUUCAGUGGGAGGACAAGUUGUGUUAACUUCAUCCGCUGCUUUCGCGGCUGGUCUCCAAGUCCAGUCUCUGAUCAUCCUCAACGAUGACUCUUACAUCCCGGCAAGGUGGCAGGGCAUGUUGUUCUACUGGGCUAUACUAGUAUACGGAAUGACUAUGAAUAUCUGGGGACACAGGCUUCUGCCCACAGCCAACAUCGUGUCUGGCGUUCUUCACGCAACUGGUUUCAUCGCCAUAUUGAUUGUCCUCGGGGUCAUGGCUCCGAAGAACACGGCAUCUUUCGUCUUCAAGGAAUUCACCAACUCCAGCGGCUGGGAAAGCGACGGGGUGUCUUGGCUCGUCGGCCUCAUCAGCGCCGUAUACCCCUAUCUCGGCUACGACGCAGCCUGCCACUUAGCCGAAGAACUCCCCAACGCGAGCCGCGACGUGCCCAUCGCGAUGGUAGGCAGCGUGGUCGUCAACGGCAUCAUGGGCCUCAUCUACGGCACCGUCCUCCUCUUCUCCACCGGCCCCCUCGACGCCCUCCUCUCCACGCCGACCGGGUACCCCUUCAUGCAGAUCUUCCUCGACGUCACAAAGUCCCACGGCGGCGCCACCUUCAUGUCCCUCGUCAUCAUCCUCACCGCCAUCGCCGCCACCGUCGCCGGCAUCACCUCGACGUCCAGGACGCUGUGGGCCUUCGCCCGCGACAGGGCCACGCCGUACGACCGGUACCUGAGCAGGGUCGACAGGCGCCACCAGAUCCCCGUCUUCUCCGUCGUCCUCGUCACCGUGCUGCAGAUGCUGCUCGGGUUCAUCUACCUCGGCAACACGACGGCGUUCAACGCCAUCCUGUCCAUGGCCAUCAUCGGCAUGUACUCGAGUUACAUCAUCCCCAUCUGCUACAUGAUGGCGUACGGUCGGAGGACCCUUAAGCGGUCUGACUACGGUCCGUUCAAGCUCGGCCCUGUUCUCGGUCCUGUCUUGAACGUCAUCAGUCUGGUCUGGAUGGUUGUGGUGAUCAUCUUCAGUACUUUCCCCUCGGCGAUGCCCGUCACGCCGCAGAACAUGAACUAUUCCAUCGUCGUGAUGAGCGGGUGGCUUUGCUUUGGAAUCGUCUACUACGUUUCAUUCGGGCGGAAGAAGUUUGAGGUGCCGGUAGUAGAUAGCAACAUCGUCACUGGGAUCUCCGUGCCCGCGGACAUUGAUGUUUGA